GGGAACUUAAAUACAGAGCGCAUGAGGAAGUUGUUGUCACCACUAAAAAAACUGCCAGAAGAACGAUGUGUUUACUCAUUUUUAGACCGUGAAUAUUAAAAAAACAACUCUGGAGGAGGCCAUCGCCCUACUGGAGCUAUAUUUAGUUGUGAUGCUAAUUUCAUUUUCGUGGGCAAUUUACUUUAUAUUCGUGUCGAAGCCGUUGUUUGGGAAGAGCGUCGUCUGGUCCAGUCGGUGACAGGCUGGACCAGAACGGUUUGACUGAAGUCUGGGCCGUUUGUUUCACCGGUGAAGAGCUCAAAUGGAUUUCUCAAAGUUCUUGGACGAUGAUUUUGAUGUGAAGGACUGGGUGAACGGAGCCUUCAAGGUGGUGCAGAAGGAAGCACCGGGGAAGGCGGACACCCAUGCGGCCACGCUGGUGAUGAAACUCCAGCUGUUCAUCCAGGAGGUCAACAAUGCUAUUGAGGAGUCCAGUAUCCAAGCCCUGCAGAACAUGCCGCGGGUGCUGCGCGACGCGGACGCUCUGAAACAGGAGGCGACCUUCUUAAAGGAGCAGAUGGUCCUCGUGAAGGAGGAUAUAAAGAAGUUUGAGCAGGAAACUGUGCAGUCCAUGCAGGUGCUGGUGGAAAUAGAUCAGGUGAAAGGUCGAAUGCAGCAGGCUGUGGAGGCUCUUCAGGAGGCAGACAAAUGGAGCACGCUGAGCGCAGACAUCGAAGAGACCUUCAAAACUCAGGACCUUGCUGUCAUUUCUUCCAAGCUGACAAGCAUGCAGAACAGCCUGGCCAUGCUAGUGGACACACCAGAUUAUUCUGAGAAGUGUGUCCACCUUGAGGCUCUGAAAAACAGACUGGAGGCCAUGGCCAGCCCUCAGAUAGUAGCCACCUUUAACUCCAUGUCUAUAGAGCAAGCCAAGCUGUUUGUUAAAGUCUUCACAGAGAUUGACAGAAUGCCACAGCUCCUAGCGUACUACUACAAGUGCCACAAGGGCCAGCUGGUGGGCGUAUGGCGGGACCUCUCUCAGACCGAGCUGGCUUUGAAUCAGUGGCUGUCUGAGUUCUACGACACCCUGCUCUCCACUUGGCACUCUCAGGUCCAGUGGAGCAGCCAGGUGUUCAAGAACCCAUAUGAGGUGGUGACAGUGCUGCUGAUCCAGACCCUGGGGGCCAUGGUGCCGUCCAUCCCCGUGUGCCUGAGCACUGCCAUGGACCGUGCUGCUCCAGAGGAGCGCCUGGACACGCUGUUGGAGCUCCAUCAGACCACGUCCACCUUUGGACUCAGCCUGGAGGCGGCCAUGCUCCCUCACUUGGGUGAGAAUAACCUACUGAAGGUGAACGAGCUGGUCUCUGCACUGUAUGAUCCCUACAAACCAUUCCAGCUACAGUACGGAGAGCUGGAGGAGGCUUUCCUCCUCAUCCAGAUCAGCGCCGUCCCGCUGGAGCAUGGGGAGGUAAUUGAUUGUGUAGAAGAGCUGAGCCACUCAGUGGGCAAGUUGUUUGGUCUGGCUGGUGCUGCGGUGGACCGCUGUGUCAGACUGACUGAUGGACUCGCCGUGUGUGGUCUCCUCAAAGCUCUCAAAGCCCUUUUCACCAAGUAUGUGUCGGACUUCUCCACAACGCUCCAGUCAGUCAGGAAGAAGUGUAAACUUGAGGAGGUGCCAAGCUCGUCUGCUUUUCAGGAGGACUGGACGGCCUUUCAGAAUUCAGUCAGGAUUAUUGCCACGUGUGGAGAUUUGCUGAGACAGUGUGGAGCGUUUGAGCAGCAGCUGUCCAACAAGAUCCUGAGCACGGCAGGUAAGUACUUAUCAGAGUCGUACAGCCCUCGCAGUCUGGCAGGCAUCCAGGAGGCCAGCUCCGCCGAGAGGAAGAGUGCCACCAAAAACCCAUGGCAGGAGUACAACUACCUUCAGAGAGGAAACGUGGCUGAGUACAACAACCUGAUGGAGGUCCUUUACUCAUUAAAGGAAAAGGGCACAGGCAACUCCAGCUUGUUAGCUGAGCCCAGAUCAGCUCUGAUCAGACUCAAUCAGCAGGCCAACCAGCUGGCCUUCGACUCCGUCUUCCUGCAGAUCAAACACCAGCUCUGCCUCGUCUCCAAGAUGGAGACUCAUGGGGCUGCUGGUAUCGGAGAGAGCUACACAGAAGACCUGCCGACGUUCAGCCUGUCACCACAGGAGUACAUCACAAAUAUAGGACAGUACCUGAUGUCUCUGCCGCUUCACCUGGAGCCUUUCGUGACCCAGGAGGACUCUGCGUUGGAGAUGGCCUUACAUGCUGGGAAGCUGCCUUUCCCUCCGGAGCAAGGUGACGACAUUCCUGAGCUGGACAACACAGCAGAUUACUGGCUGGGUUCCAUCGCCAGGGCAACCAUGCAGACCUACUGUGAUGCCAUUCUGCUGAUUCCCCAACUCACUCCCCGUUUCACCAAACAGCUGGCCACAGAUAUCGACUAUCUGAGCAACGUGAUGGACGCUCUGGGCCUCCAGCCGUCCCGCACGCUCCAGCACAUCGUCGCGCUGCUGAGGGCUAAACCUGAAGACUACAGGCAGACGGCCAAGCUGCUGCCCCGACGCCUCGCCUCCACCAUCGCCGCUCUCCGGAGCAUCGACUACUAACGCCGAGGAAAGGACUCUGUAGGUAUGAAGAGCCCACGGGCAUCAUCAGAGACUUCCUGUGUAGUAAACAAAACCAUGAAUGUGGCUUUGUUAGAACUGGUUUACUGUUGUUGGCUUCACUACGACGUGGAGCCUCGGUAAUAUUAAAACAUUGAAAUCGGGAUUUUGUUUUUUACUGUUUCAUUCCUUGUUUCCUCUGAGUUAAAUGUGUCACUUACUUCUGUUUCCUGUGUUUAUAAAAAGGGGAACACGUAAAAUCUGUAUUAUUCAGAGAUGGCGUUGCUCCUAUAACCUGAUCUUUGUUAAGGGAACCCUUUCAUCCAGUGUAAGGAGAAAACUGUUUUUAUGUCGUGGCUGACUGAGGCUGUACGUUUUAUUUUGGGCAGAGGAUUUAGCUUUUCUAUUUGUUUUCAUUGCGAAAAUCUGUAAAUAAAAGAUUGAUACUAU